CUCAGUUUAUUGUUAGAGGGGCCGGCUAGUGACGGACGCGGGGCAUCAGGAUUUAGUGCUUCUUACACCGCCCAUGCUGGUACCACGCGCCUCGUGCCACGCUCCUUUCCACCGAAAGUGCUUGCCGAAUUUUCGCGUGAAUCGCGCGCGACGAGUUCGAUUUUUACGACUCGCGACUCCACGUUGUCGGCGAUCGUUCGAGGUACAGUGAUUCCGGGGGAGAAUCCGUGGAAUUUUCGUUACCAGUGCCAUCCACCUACACAGUGUAGUCACCUUUUUGUAGUUGGGGCGCGAGUGAUCCGCGGAAUGUUCACACGCCGGCAGAAAAGUUUCUCCGUAACGUCGAAAAUUCCGUCGGAAUUCACGAGUAUAAACAGACGAGGAGCAGCGAUCUAAUCGACGGGGGAUCCUCGCGCUGUGGUAUCUCGACUGCGUUACAGUCUCUCGGUAACUGCGAGGCGGAGCAACGAGACGGUCCGUUAUUAAGAGAUAAAAAAAUGCAGUUAAAAACUAUCAGUUCGGUGGCGGGAGCCACGCGUCGUACUUGCAAAGCAGCCUCGGAGGAAGCUUCUCUAUUCUCAGGCGAGCUAUAUCCAGGAACUUUCAGCCUGGCGGCACAUCCUUAGGUAAAUGAGCUCUUAUCUCGAGCUUUGCACCGGGCCAUCGCAAAAACGUCACGCGCCCAAGCGUACACCCACGGCCCCUUUCUCUCUCUUGCUCGUGCACGCGCGAGAGAGCAAAGAUACAAAUCCAUCGGAUCUGCUCCGAGUUCUUAGCCAAGUUUAUCUUUCGAGCAGAGUGCUAGUGGCGCGAACGAACCCGGAUAGAAAAAAAGGGCGUUUCCAGAAGGCGAAGAGUAUAUUUUAAGAGUACGACGAAAACUCAGUCGAUUGCAACGUACGCGCAGGUGUGCUGCUUUUCGGCUAUCAGUAGGUGAAGAAGGAAAAGGUGUGUUUCCUCACACGGCGUUCUGGGUGCCAUUUCUCGAGAUACCUUGAGGUAUUAAAUUAAAGGAGAAACGAGUCUCAGCCGAAAGCAAUACAGCAAUACAGUGUUGUUUGUGCGCGAGGUGUUUGUUCAAAGCAAAACUCGCGUGUUGCGAGUGUGCGAGUGUGUUGGACGCAAGUGAACGGUGGAAUGUUAGUGUCGGUAGGUCGGUUCGUUUCGAAUUGCCUGCGAAAUCCGUGGUCACGCGACAACCUGCAAGGAAGAGGACGGGAGGAGAGAAGAAAGGAAGGAAGGAAGUGGAGGUUCGCGGAGGAGGCGUUAUUAAAUCGGCCGGCCCGUAAUCCGGCGGCCGUGUUGCUGGCGUUUACGUGGCCCAGGCGAAAACUAUGCGGCACGAGGCACGACGAGGAUGAUGGGGCCAAGAAUCGGUGGCCUACCGAGCGGCAAAACGCUGGCCCCGUGCCAGCAGCCGCCUCACACUCGGACAGUGUUGCUGGUGUAUUUGGGCAUCUGCGCCUUGCUGCCUGUCACCAUUCUCUCCGCGCCUGUGCAACUUCGCGAAAUAUCGAAGGAGGGCUCGCAACGCCGGCCAAACGAUGCCAAUAAUGACUCAGCCGAAGGGGAUUUGCCUGUUUUUGAACCGACAGCGGCGAACGUCAGCGCAUUCGUCGGGCAGACCGUGUACCUGCCAUGCCGCGUGCGAAAUUUAGGAGAUAAAGUGGUGUCCUGGAUGAGGAGCAAGGAUCUUCACAUUCUCACGUCCGGGAACACCCUGUUCAGCUCGGACACGAGAUUCGGGCCUCAGCACACACCGGGUAGCGACGCGUGGACACUCAGGCUGGACAACGCCAGGAAGACAGACUCCGGCAAGUACGAAUGCCAGGUGAACACCGAGCCGAAAAUGAUGUAUGCUGUUCAGCUGUCCGUGCGAGAUCCUGACAAACCGGAGGGUUACGACGAGCCGCAUUCGCAACAGACGCGAAUAAGUUACGAGAGCACGGCGCCAGUGGCAGCUAUAAUGGGCCCACGGGAGCAAAGGGUGCCAUCCGGGUCAACGAUCACCUUGAGGUGCGUCAUAUUGUCCCCGUAUCAGACUCGGCCCAUCAGAGGGGUGCAAUGGCUCCGGGAUAACAAACUCCUAACAUUCCAGGCUGCACGAGGUGGAAUAAGCGUGGAGACAGAAAGAGGCGCGGCACGAACGGUCUCGGAAUUGACUCUGGCGACGGUGACGCCGCGCGACGUCGGGAAAUACUCGUGCAGGCCGACCGAGGGACGAACGGACACUGUAAUGCUGAUCGUCGAACCAGGCGAACGUACGGAAGCCAUGCAACGUGACGCCGGAUACGUUUCCUGCGGAUGUGACGUCAGGCACUGGGCCGGGCUUCUACUUCCGUUCUCGUGGUUUCUAAUACUCGCACGAAACAGCCAAACUUUCCUGCAAUAGCGCACACUGCAACAGUAUUUCACGCGCGUCUCUCCCUGUCUCUCAUUCUGUCCCUGUUCUCUCAUUCCCGCAACGCGACGCCACGGCGGAGAGAAAGUACCUAGAAAUUCGACCAAACGGCGAGUUAGAUCGUAAGUUAGAUACGUAGAAAUUAUUGAUAAGAGGGUAACGAGGCGCCGCUACGACGUAACGGAAACGCCAGCGUCGUUUGAAUCGCCACAAAGCGACUCUCGGCUUUGCACAGAUUAUUCGGAGGGAUUUGCAGGGUGCGCGCUUCGCGAAAUAAAUGCCUGAAAUUAAUUUGAGAUUAAGUCCUCGAUGGAACGGUGAAUCGAUCACCGGCCGAAGGACCCGUGCGUGAGAAACGUGACGAGUGGACUAUUAUAAUUCUAGCACUUUUUUUUUCGUGGACAGAAAAAAUUGACACGUGAAACUUUGUAGAAAGAGAUUCCACUGAGAGACUAUGUGUGAACGUUUAAAGAAUAUUAAUAAUAUUAUCUAUGGAGAAGUAACAAUACUGUUUACACUUUACAGAAUAUCAUAAGCCACUCGAGCGAUGUAAAUAAAUUUGUCGAUUUUUCUCACACGGUCUUCGUCCCCUUUCAACAACGUGACAACGCGAUUUCGCACACCGACAUUUGCGAACAACUAACAAGACCAAGUGAACGACGAAACACGACGCAGCGAUUGCGGGCACAGCCGAGUGGAAUCGAUUACGCUAGUUCAACAGGAAUCGGGAAUUAUUGAAACAACCAGGAGCCAUCUGCGCUCUCGCGAAUCACCGCUCUCCAUCUACGAGAGAGAGACUGCUUUAAAACCCGGCGCGCCGCGUUCGUUCGUUUUUGCAAUCGGAAUGAAAGUAAAAUUCAAAUAUUUGCGCUCGCGGAACGUACGUACGUACAUACGGAUGGAAAUAACGAAUCGUUUAGCCAGUUAACGUUAUUUUCUGGAUCAUUCUUCUCUCUCGCACGCGCGUUAAAUUCCCGCGACUAAGCGAAAAGGUAUUCCCUUUAAGAAUUAUUAAGGAGAGGUUAAAAGUGAUCCGUCGAGGAAAAAUGGCUGAGAACGGAUGGUCAGAGGAAUCUUUUUGGUACAAAAUUUAUUUUUUACGUAAAUAAUUCAGCAAGCCGCAAACGACGAUCCCCGGUUGGAACGGUCCGUGUUGGAAUCCGUCGUUUUUCGCCUUGCGCUCUCGCAAUUCGCGACGCUUCUUUGAAAGCGUUCCUCUUCAAGUCAAUGGGAUUAAAGUGGCCGAGUAACGUCAAAGGACGUGCAAGUAAUUUGAUAUCCUGUAUCUUAACUCCGUCGAUGUCUGCACCGGUGAGGAACCGGUAUUAAUGAAAUUCUUUUUCUUCAUUCGUAACUUGAUUCGCCGAGCACGAUGAAAAUGUAACGCCGGCCGGCUUUUCCACGUAGAAUUUUACACGCGCGCAACGAUUUUACGCGGUUGUAAAUUAUUUCUUCACUCGGCGGGUUAAACGAGUCACUGCUUCUCUUCGUCGGGAAAUUCCGCUUGCCCGAUUUUAUUUUACACAUCUCUCGGAAGUUUCGUCGAUUUUACCGAGAGGAGUUGGAGAGGACGAAAUUGAUACUAAUUUGACGCUAAUUGUUCAUCUAAUCGCGAAUCGACAAAAAAUAUUUUGUAUCGGAAGAUGUCUCUUCUUUUUUCUUUCUUAAAUUGUUGGCAAAAGUGUCGUCAAAAUUCUUGUUCUCGUACGAGAGACCAGAAACGUCUGAUCAACGACCGAUCUAUUCUACUUAUUCCUGUCCAAAUAUCUUAACACUAGGAUGAAGAUUUAUUUCAAAAUUUUUUCGUCUGAUUUCCAGAAGUUAAUGACUUAAGUUGAUAUAUAAUUGAUCAGCUUUUAAACGUUCUUAAACGCGCACAAUUUGCACCACGAUUAAGAUAGUAUUUAUUAUUUGCGAUAUUGUAAGUAGAUCUUUAAUCAUUACCGACGACGAAUUGAUCUGUACAUCAGAUCCACUAGGUUUACAAUGGCACGAAGAUAUUUAACUGUACCUCUAGAUUUAUUUAACCUUUGUACGAUAUUUCUGAAAUAAAACCCU